GAAGUGCUUCAUUCACCUAAAUAUGUAUUGCAGAAAAAUAUAUAUCGGUACAUACCAGCCAGGCACCUCACCAAGGAAACAAUGACAUGUGACAGUUGUGGAAAAGUAUAAAAUUUACCAAAAAAAAAAAUAAAUAAAUAACUAAAAAAAAUGGGUAACAGUCUUUAAAAAGAAAAAAAAAUAAUAAAAAAAAAUUUCAGUGUAUUUAAAGAAAGUGCAAAAUCAUAUACCAAGAAAAAGAAAAAUAACAAAAAAAAAGCAAGAAAACUGACAAAAAAAAACAGAAAAAAGAGACAGGCAGGCACGCACUCACGCACAAAAAAAUAGCAGCGUGACAGAAAGCUCACAAAGCACAGGACAAAGGCAGGAUCCUGUGGUGCGUGAGCCAUGGAGGGUCUGGGUCUUGGUCUGGGCUUUGGCUCCCCGGACAGGCGCAGUGUGUGGAAGGAGGAGAAGGAACGCAAGCUGGCCAAACUCAAGCAACUGAGAGCCGAGCGAGAGAAGAGGAGGCGGGGACAGCUGGAGAAGGAGGCUCAGGAGGCAGCAGCGAGGGCCAGCAAUGCCCCACGUGAUGACCAGGACUUGGACAAGGUGCUGGCGUCCCUCGGGGUGGCGCCUGUGUCAGAUGUCCUCCUCAGCAUGUCCAGCACCACCUCUGAGUCUGGUGGUGAUCCCACAGCUUCCCCAGACAAGAGCCUCGAGGCAAACGCUUCUGCCUCGCCGCGCACACCCAGCAAGAAGCCGCCUACCCUGUCCGUGGUGAGUGUGCAGGCCACCAACAUUCCCCCGAAGGAGACAGUCACCUACAGCAAGGGCAUCCAGACAUCAGGAUCCGGCGACGGGCACGCCCUGAAGCACAUUGAUGGCAAAGGGACACAAGCCCAUGCCUUCGACUACUACGGAGAUGGGAUCUUAGCUCAAAUACGCUCUAAAUACCACACUAUGCACGAAUAUAAUCUAAACCCAGCGCUUGAGUGGGAUGAUGAGUUCACAGCUGAAGAGGAGGACAGCUCCCUCACCCUCCUGGACACCCCACCCAUGUUUGGCAGCGGCUCCCACCGCCAUCUGCCCCCGGGUAUUCUGCCCACUGGGAUGCCCACCGUCCAGGACUUCAAGCCGGCGAUUGCAACCGAGCAGGAGAAGAAACAGGAGGAAGUGAAACCCGAGCCACCGCGGGAGUUGUCAGAUGAGGAGAAGCAGACGGUGAUGAUGACGGAGGAGUUCCAUGGCUUCUUUGACCGCACAUCACGCAUCAUUGAGCGAGCACUGGCCGAGGAUACCAACAUUUUCGUUGACUACUCCCAUGACUAUGAGGAGGACGGGGAGGCUAAUGAGUCAGGAGGAGUGAAGCUGUCCCUCAACCGAUGGUUCUACGAUGAGCGUUGGUCCCGUAAUCGUUGCAUCACCUGCAUGGACUGGUCACCUCAGUACCCUGAGCUGCUGGUGGCAAGCUACAACAACAAUGAUGACUCGCCCCAUGACCCGGACGGUGUGGCGCUGGUCUGGAACACCAAAUUCAAGAAGGACACGCCUGAGUACAUCUUCCAUUGCCAGUCACCCGUCAUGUCAGCCACCUUCGCCAGAUUCCAUCCCAAUCUGAUUGUGGGAGGAACAUACUCUGGGCAGAUUGUGCUGUGGGACAACCGAAGUCAGAAGAGAACGCCAGUGCAGCGCAGUCCACUGUCUGCUGCUGCUCACACGCAUCCUGUGUACUGCAUGAAGGUGGUGGGGACUCAGAACGCCCACAACCUGAUCAGCGUCAGCACUGAUGGCAAGAUGUGUUCCUGGUCCUUGGACAUGUUCUCCCAGCCACAGGAAUCCAUGGAGUUGCAACACAAACAAUCACGUCCUGUGGCUGUGACGUGUAUGGCCUUCCCUCAUGGUGAUGUCAACAACUUCAUUGUGGGGUCGGAGGAAGGUGCCGUCUUUACAGCAUGUCGGCACGGCAGCAAGGCAGGUAUUGUGGACGCCUAUGAGGGUCACCAGGGGCCAGUGACAGGAAUCAGCACCCACUCCACUCCCGGCUCCAUUGACUUCUCUCACCUCUUCCUCACCUCCUCCAUUGACUGGACUGUGAAGCUCUGGUCUGUCAAGCACUGGUCCAUGAAGGAAACGAAGCCUCUCUACUCCUUCGAAGACAAUGGGGACUAUGUGUAUGAGGUUGCCUGGUCCCCCAUCCAUCCGGCUCUCUUCACCACUGUUGACGGCUCAGGAAGAAUCGACCUGUGGAAUUUAAAUCAAGACACUGAGGUUCCCACGGCAAGCACAGUGGUGGAGGGCAACCCAGCACUCAACAGAGUCUCUUGGACUAACUCUGGCCAGCAGAUCACAGUGGGAGAUGACAUGGGCAAGAUCUGGAUAUAUGAUGUUGGAGAGCAACUAGCAUUGCCGCGUGCUGAUGACUGGGCCCGUCUAGUGCAUACACUUGGGGAGCUGAAGAACAACCAGACCGAUGACGACCACUCCACCAGACACUAUGAGUCAUCAUUUUCUUCCCUUGCAUCCCUCUCAUCCUCACCGCUCAGAUAGAUACCAUGUUAUUAAGACUGUACAAUUGUGAUUCCAUUGUUGUGUGGCUGUAUUUAUCAAGUGCCGGCUGUAUUUAUCAAGUGCCAGAAAAUAAUCCAUAAUAACAUAUAUGUAUAGUAUCUAUGUAUAGUAUCUAUAGCUAUGUACCAUUAAAGUGGGUGGCCAAAGCAAGGUGCUCUCCACGAACACAUAUACAUACAUACCUAUGAUAAUAAAACAUUUGAUAUGUUAUUCAAUCCUUAUAAAAAAGGUAGAUAGAUGGUGGGUAAAAAUGAAUGAAGGCAACUACUAAAGAAGGAAUAAAAUAAAGAAAACCCAGGUACACCACACCCCUGAAGAAAAAAAAUGUAAGGCACAUAUUGCACGUAGAGGCCAUGUCCCCUGUACUCUGGCGUACAGGGGGACGGGACCCCUAUAUGCAAUACGCCUCUUAAACUUUGUGUGGUGUGGAACUAUUUUUUUUCUUGGAACAACAUUAUUAUAUAACAGCAAUAACGGUGAAUAAACUCUUGAAACUCUUA